AGCUCUCUGGUCCGACAAAGAAACACAGGGAAAAAAUGGAGGCUAAAGAGCAGAGCAGGAAGAAGAAGAAGCAGCCAUGGUUUUGGCAUUGGGUAAUAGCCUCAGCCAUUUUCAGACUCAUCCUUAUAUACUUUCCCAAAAACUUCAACAUCGCUUCUCGCCCCGAAGUCUCCACGCCUCUCACCAGCCUUCGCCGCCUGGCCGAGGGUUACUGGUUGAAACAGUCAUCGAUGUCUCCCUACGCAGGAUCUAUGUACCAUGGCUCUCCAUUGCUACUGUCACUUCUCGGGCCACUCACAGUCCAAAGAAUCGAAGGGCAACCUGAUCAUCUUCUGUGCAGUUUGGUUUUUGUGAUUGCAGAUAUUAUCAAUGCCAUGCUCAUUCGUGCUAGUGGCCAGAAACUUCAGAUGGCAUAUGGUCAGAGUUUGAAACUUCUAGGCCUUUUUAAAUUACCGGAAAAGUCAGAGAUCAUUCCUUCUGGAGAUAUUGCUGCUCUUGUGUACUUAUGGAAUCCUUUCACGAUAGUCGCAUGUGUGGGUUUGUCCACAUCCCCAGUUGAAAAUCUGGCCAUCAUUUUGUCCCUUUAUGGAGCAUGUACAGGACUAGCUCCCUUGGCUGCUUUUGGAUGGGUCAUGGCAACACAUCUUUCCCUGUAUCCUGUAAUUCUGAUUAUUCCGGCGAUUCUUUUAUUAGGAUAUGGUCCAGAUACUCCUCCUAGGAAAUUGUUCAUGCCACGAAGAUACAUUGAAGUUGGAGAUAAUCCUUCUGAAGAUAGAGAGGAAUGGAUGGAUCGACCAGAAAUACCACAUGUUUUCUCCUGGAGACCAAUCAUACAUUUCUUAUUCUGGACUUCUUUGUGGUCAGUCUAUGUGUUAGUUCUAUGUGGAGUAUCUGUUAAACAGUAUGGUGGUCUCUGGGAGUUGUUUAAAAGAACAUACGGCUUCAUGCUUACUGUGCAAGAUCUGUCUCCUAAUAUCGGUGUCCUAUGGUAUUUCUUUGCGGAAGUUUUUGAUUUCUUCAGAAAUUUCUUUCUGAUAGUUUUCCAUGGGAAUAUUCUGUUUAUGAUACUGCCAUUAGCCAUACGGCUGAAACACCGCCCCUACUUUCUGGCUUUUGUGUACAUUGCAAUCUCUUCAAUGCUUAAGUCUUAUCCUUCCGUUGGAGAUUCAGCUCUAUACUUGGGUUUGCUGGGGUUGUUUGUUAACGAACUCGCAGAUAUGCAAUUCUCUUUCUUCCUGUUCUGUGGUUACAUUGGGGUUUCUCUCCUUAGCCCUGUGAUGCACAACCUAUGGAUAUGGAGGGGUACUGGCAAUGCAAACUUCUAUUUUGCAACUGCAAUGGCUUAUGCUUGCUUGCAGAUUAUUUUGGUGGUUGAGAGUGUAAGUGCCAUGCUCAAUCAUGACAGAAAGCUGAGAAAGCUAUCUCUACCAGAGCUUCAAGCUGGCAAAACUUAAGUACUUCUUUGCAAGUGUAUGCAUAUUUCUGAUCACUCAGGCUUGGAGCAUUAGAGUCACACCAGCAUCAGAAAUUGCAGUGGUAUAGCAGCAAUUGCCUUCCAUUUUUUCAACCUUGCAUAGGCGCAAUUUCAAAGCACCCUUCCGGAUCGGCUGCUGGUAUAAACAUUCUCUUGAAAUUCUUUUUAAUCAGUUUCUGGAUAUAGAACUACUGCAAUGAAGUAACAGUGCUUAAUUCAUGGUAUUUUUCCACUGUAAAUCAGUACUGCUUUGUUUUGUUUAUAAGAGAGAAGCAGAUAGUUGAUGCGCCUUCAA